AUGGAUCCUCCGGUCUGCAGCAGAGGACAGAAUAAGGAGACAUUCUGGUACCAGGAGGGAGACAAGAUUAUUCCUGCAACCAUGGGACUAGUCCCUUCGGAUCUGACCGGCUUGGGGCAUCGCAACUCAGGGUUCUAUGAGCGCAGGCGCAGUUCUGUGGUGCUGAACUUACCUGGACUCGAGGUGUUUCCUGGGGACCUUCUGGUUUCUGAUGGAGCUGCGGAUUACCUGUGCCACCCACUGCUGCUGCUGAAUCCAGGUCCCGUUCAUUCAGCCUAUCAGAGCAAAGACAAACACAAGCUGGUCGCCGAGCUGCAAAACUGCCUGUCCUCCGUGAAGAUCACAGACUUCAGGGGCUACGAUUUCUGCCGCUUUAAGGAUAAGACCUGGAACGAAGUCAUGGAAACACGUCAGAAACUCCCCCCUGAUGGAUCAGACUUGGGAAAGCAGCAAGAGGCUGUGUGGGAACUCUUCACGAGUGAAUGCACUUAUCUCUUGGACCAUUUAUUGGUUCUUAAGAUGGAGCUCACAGCUACCAUCAAGGCAGCCUAUCCCAUCUUUCGUGGCUUCCUGGCCCAGAGCUCUUGCUUCCUCCCAAACAAGUGCCAGGUGAAUGCUCUGGUCAGCUKCAGGGCACAGUCGCAGAUUUCCAGAGCUGUCAUCCGCUUUAUGAAUACAUUAAAAUAUCUGCAAAUUCAUGAAUAUCUCCUGGAUGUGGAUCUAUGGAGACUUUUUGCAAACCUGGAGGAGUUAACUCAGACAAGCCUUGGUUUUGUGAACAGUCUUUUCAGCAUCAUCAAGGUCUACGUAGAAGCUUCUGAGACUUCACCAUUGACGGAUUUCCUUUCUGUGCUUGCAAAGUAUUUCCGAGGGAGCCUCUGUCAGAGCCACCAGACCUACUGCCUGAAUUACUCUGCGGCUGUGUUUUAUCUUGAGAGCCUGAGGCAGAGAGAUGACUUCAGCACUUAUUUAAAAUGGUGUGAGCAAAACGAACAAUGCAGACGGCUGCACCUGCCUGAGCUGCUAGUGGCCCCGCUACACAGGCUUACUCGAUACCCCUUGUUGCUGAAGAAUAUCUGGAAAAGGAGCUCAGACUCCACCGAGAAGAUCAUGAUCUACUCCAUCAAGGAGAGGGUGGAGAAGUCAAUCCGAGAUCUUGAAGGAAAAGUGAAGUGGCUUGACAAUUUCCAAAAGUUCAGACAUCUACAGGAGAUUAUAAUAUGGCCUCCACUUUGGGAUAGAGAUAAAAGGUUUUUCAUUCCAGAGUGUUUGAAACACAUUUUUAAGGACCACACAGCGGAACACAUCUUGUCUCCAACCAACAGACACCUUCUCUAUGAAGGAAAAUUAACUCUUGCAGAAAGCACAAGAUUCCUAGAUGUGUAUCUCUUCCUCUUUGAUGAUUUCCUCUUAAUUACAAAAACUAAACGCAGCAAAAAGAAACUUGGGAGUGCAGACACUGGUUUSCUAUGUCCUUCACUUACUCUUGAGCUGCAAACUGUAAUAAAAGAGGGUGGCUCCUGUAUAGUACUCGAUCAGCCCAUUCCACUAGAUAGAUUGGUUGUCAAAAGCAUUGAUCCGCUCCACGUGUCAGUCUUUGGGCUGAGAAAUGCUUUCCUUAUACAACAUGAAAACAGAUAUCGACAGUGUAUAGCAGCAUUCUUAUUACAAGCCCAAACGGAAGACAUCAAAAAAACAUGGAUGACACAAAUAACAGCAGCUAUCUCUUGCUUCACCAAGAGUCAGGAAACCAAGAAAAUAGCAUUAAUCAAACUAUCUGMAGAAUCCUCUGAAAUUUAGGGACCUAAACAAGUGGCAAACUUUAUUAGAGUUUAGGGCUUUAAGUAUUCUUUCAUUCAAUCUUUUGGUAACACUUAACCUAGAAAUGAAGUAGAAGGAAAUGUGCAUUCAUUCUAAAGAUGUUCCAAGAUUUGAAAAUUUGAGCUAGGAAAGUCCUUAGUAUAGAGGAAUAAUGACUGCAAGAAAUUUGAACUCUGAGGAACUUCUUAACAGCAACAUAUUGAUAUCCAGACUAUCUUCUAAUAUUUAAGUCAGAUUUGUAGGAAGCAUGAUCGAAGAGUGGUGCUAUUGAAAUUGAUAAAGGAUGAAUGGUCAGAUAAAUGGAAUAUCAGAAAGAAAACAAGAUCCACUGCUUGUGUCCAGUAUGAAUUCUGGCAUUUUAUUUAUCUA